GUCAACGUGGGAAUAGCCAAGAUUCCGAUAUUCUCUACACUGCGAUGUCGGGUCAGUCUCCCGCUACACCUGAGCCUGAGGAUGAUUUAGUGCAGAUGACUAAAGAGCAGUUUGAUCUGCUGGUCUCCCAGAUUUCGGCUUCGUAUUCAACUCCUUCCCUUCCUACCAAUACUUCGCCCAGUACCAGGACCAAAGAGCAGUUGGAUCAGUUGGUCUCGCAGAUUUCGGCCUCGUAUUCUACUCCUUCGCCUCAGCCCAGUACUUCGGCAUCUUUGCCUGGACCCUCUGCUACGCCGACCUUCACGAAGUCGGGUCUGGAGAAACAAUUCGCAUUCAACUCAUCUGUUUUAUCAGUGUUGACUCCGGCUUUGGAGCUGCUGAAGGAGGACGAGACCAAGGACUAUCUCAGGAGGGCCAUUACCCUCCUCACCCAGAGGAAUGAGCUGUUGACGGUGGCCGAUACCGACCCCGAGGUUUUCGAGUUCUUUGACAAGCAAAGCAAGGCUGAUGCAAUGCAGCUGACGAAUCCCAUACUUGCGGCGUUUAUUAGAGAGAAGAAAAAGAAGGAAGAGAAGAAGCCAAUCGCAUCUCGGGGAUCGGAGCGCGUUACUGGCCAUACCCGAAACAGCCCUUUCGGGCUGGAGGGGCGGCACGGGCCCCCGCCCCUCUUCCUUACCAGACGCCCGUCUAUGGUCAAGCACGCGGGUUCCAGGCUCGCAGUCACCCCGCAGGGUUUCAAGGGCGCCCGAGGGACAUGUGCUUUAACUGCGGGCGCUAUGGACAUUACUCCCGUGAAUGUCGAGAGGAGCGCAAAUGAAAAGUUGAAGCGUUGUUGGAAGGCUGUGGCCUCAGAAAUAGCCGAGAAAGAGCAAGCCGGUACCGCCUUGAAGUACAGAUGGCCACUUGCGAGUCAAGAGAAGGAAGAAAUCAAAGCCGAUCAUCCGCUCAUCCACCAACAAGGGACACCAUCUCGCGAAGGAUCAAAAGAGUGCUCAAGGAUGCCGGCUUGGAACACAGGUGCCUUACAUCGCACUCCUUUAGAGGAGGAGCAGCCACUGCAGCAGUCCGAGCAGGGAGUCACCCUGCCAAUGUUAUGCGCGUCGGACGAUGGCGGUCUGCCGAGGCCUUCUCUUGCUACGUUGAUCCCAGCCCUCUUUGAUUGGUGCCUGUAUUAUAUCCGUUCCUACAAGAUUUCGCUUUGUCUCGUCCUGUUGGACAUUGUUCUAUUCUUGUUCUUUGUCGGCAUAGCGUGA